AUGACCGACUAUGAGGAAACAACAAGUUACAUGGAUUCGGUAGCUGAUGAUUAUUUGUCUAUGAAAAAGGAAAAUUAUGAUAGCAGUAGAACUGAAUAUGAUGGUAAUCGUCGAAAUUUACGAUCGUUACGUGAUGAAGAAGAAAUUCCGUUAACCUAUCGACUGCAUGAUCAUUUGUUGCAACGUUAUCGUAAAGGAACACGACCUGUUGCACAUCCCAGAAAUACAAUUGAAGUAACGAUGAGUGUAUUUUUGUAUCAGAUAACUGGACUGGUUAGUUUUUCUAACCUAUCAUAUUAUAAUAUAAUCGACAAUAUAGUUGUUCUUAAAAAGUCCGUUAAUGGGGUAUGCAAUUAA